AUGUUAGAGACUCCGUGGACCGCCUUCUCGCGCAGUCUAGAAAUCUACACGAUCAUCUGGGUAUCUCUCGGGACGAACAUUCUCAAGUUCUACCAAUAUGCCAGUCCCAGUGCGGAGCUCUGCGCCGCUUCUCGCGAGGUAGCCCAGCAGCUUGAAGAAUUCGAAAUCGAAAACGACCCCUCAUCACAGAACUUAGACAUACAGUCACUCCAUUACCUUAAUAGUGAACACAGGAAGUAUGUUGCCAACGGACUGAGUCUUGAGCAUGGGCCACAGCGCAUUCGAUUCAAGGAAAUCAAGAAGCGGAUGAUUGCCCUUAGCGUCGAGUUUCAGAAUGUGAUUGACAGGUUAGAGAGAGAUUCGGAGCAGGAUGGUAUGGUCAAGGUCACACUGCAGUAUGCGGACUAUUUCCCCAUUAUUGAUAAUGCGAGGAAAAGCGACACCAGAAAGCGACUCUUCCUAGCAUUUGAGAAUAAGUGCAAGGGCAAUGUGCCGUUGUUCCGAGAGAUGAUGAUUCUGCGUGAUGAGGCAGCGCGACUGCUUGGGUAUGUCAACUAUGCGGCUUAUCAGCUGGAGGACAGAUUAGUCACUUGCCCGGAAAAGGUCAAUUCGUUUCUGGAUGAUUUGCGAUGCAGGUUAGCCGAUCGCGGUGCCGAGGAAAUUAAGCGACUGAAAGCAUUGAAAACAUCUGAUAUGGGAGAGGAACCUGCGGGAGGUGAACAAUACUGCCUAUGGGACCAUCGCUACUAUAACCGCCUGUUACUGGAAAAGAAUUAUCAGAUAGAUCAGGAGAAAAUUGCCCAGUUCACAUCUCUUAGCAAGACACUCGAGGGCAUGCUCGAUAUUUUCUCCAAGCUAUUUGGGCUCGUCUUCUACGAAGUAGAUGCCAUCAAUCAGAGAAAAGAUCUAAUAUGGCAUGCUGAUGUGCGCAUCUUCCACGUUUGGGACGAUGAUAACGACGGUGGUGAAUUUGUGGGAUAUCUUUAUCUUGAUAUCUACCCUCGUGAUGGAAAGCGUGGCCAUCCAUGCAAUAUCAACCUUCAACCAGGAUUCGAAUAUGAAAAUGGCGAUCGAAGUUACCCAUCGACCGUUCUAUUAUGCAGUUUUGCCAAACCCGCAGGAACCAAGCCUUGUCUUCUUCACCACUCGGACAUGGUGACACUAUUCCAUGAGCUGGGCCACGGUAUCCAUGAUCUAGUCAGCAAAACUCGCUACUCCCGCUUCCAUGGAACAAUGACAGUGCUUGAUUUCUGCGAAACACCUAGAGAGCCCAUUCCGCAAUCGAUGGUGGACAAUUUCAUCAGAUCCAAGAGGGUAAAUACUGGACUUUUCUAUCUUCGACAACUUCAUGUCUCUAUCUUUGAUUUACAUAUCCAUCAGCCGCCGUCGCACACCAGUAUUAUCAAUACAAAUAUUUCAGGUACCUACAAUUCUCUUUGGCAGAGCAUUACCCAGAUGGCAGGACCGAGUGGUGAAACAACAGAUACAGAAGGAAAUGACUGGGGACAUGGCUACGCCACGUUCUUCCAUCUACUUAGUGACUACGGAGCCGGAUACUACAGCUACCUUUUGGCCGAGGUCUAUGCAUUAGACAUCUUCUACUCUACCUUUAAGUCAGAUCCGUUAAACCCGGAACAAGGCCGAGGAUACCGUCGUAUGGCCCUCGGGAAAGGAGGCAGUCAGCCGGAGAUGAAAACAUUGAGCGAUUUCCUGGGCAGAGAAGCCACAAGUCAGGCCUUUUUUGAAGAGCUUCAAGAUAUCGUAACAGAUGAUCAUGAUGAGCGGGCGGACCUCCCAAGACUUGACUGCAUGCGCUUUGUUCCAGGUAACAAUAGCAUCGAAGUUACGACACUUGUGAUGCGAAUUGAAAUCCGCCUCUGGAAUUUGAGGCGUUCUAGCGCUCCAUUUGACUGGGGUGACAUCCGACUGACACAUCAAGACUAA